UGUAGCAGUUAUGUAAAAGUUUGUUAAAAUAGUUAACUUAUUAUAAACCAUUUUGUUAAAUCGACUUUUCACUUUCACAUGUUUCAGUUAAAACGCAUUUUUGUAUUCAGUUUUUAACACGAUGUCGACGAAAGUACAAAUUCGUCAAGCAUUUAUUUUACCUUUUCAUCAUUUCUAAUUGAUAUUAGUAUUCUUUCUUUUUUUGGCAGAUACGCCUGCUGUUAUAGCUGAAGUGUAUCCUUCUAAUGAGGUGAGAGAAGGUUCGGAUAUCUCAUUGCAAUGUAAGGCAGAUGCAAAUCCUGAAGUUAAGAGAUACACAUGGCAAAAGCAUGAACGAAUGCUUGCGAAUGUUUCUGUUUACAAUAUUACAAAGAUAGAUCGAUCACAAGCUGGGGAAUACACAUGUUCUGGAUAUAAUGAAAUUGGUGACAGUUCAUUCAAUGUCAACAUCUCAGUACUUUAUGCACCAGAUAUAAAUGUGACUCUUGUAUUUUCUGAAGAAAAGUUCAAACUUGUAUGCUCUCCAAAUGGAAAUCCAAGUAGGUAUCGAUUUGAUAAAUGGCAACACAUGUCAUUUUUUGGUCAACACAUCCGUUACAUCAAUGGUUCAACUAAUGGAGAAUUGGUAUUUCCAUUAAAUUUCAGCGAUCAAGACAGGGGGAUUUAUAAAUGCAAAGCUGAAAAUGGUAUUCUAAACGCAGAUGGACAUUUAUAUCAACAUGGUUCUAAUUCUUUUGAUUUAGGAGGAUUACCAGUGUUUGUUGAUAGAAAUGAAAAUGUACAAUAUGGGUUAUACCAAAAGACUGCAACCCUAACCUUGUUCAUUACAAGCAUUCCAAAAUAUGACAGAUUAUGUUGUUCUACAAAUCAAUGGAAACUCUGCAAAAAGAAUCACCUUCACCUUUUUCAAGAGAAAAGUGCAAUUUUUCGAGAUAAAGUUUAUGGAGCUAAUGCACUGGUUGGUGGAUACAAAAUUCUGUUUGUGACCCCUCCCAUAGAAAGUGCAGAUUUUACGGAUUAUACAUUUAAAGCUGCAAACUCUUUCGGAGAGGCUCAUUUUACUAUAACCUUAAGAGAUAAAGGUAAUUCGUCCAACAAAACUAAAUCAAGAGCGUCAUCUGGAAAAUCCUACCUGCCGUAUGCCUUCUUAAUUGGGGGAUUUGUUAUAGUUUUAUCCAUAACUCAUCUCUGCAGUUGGUACUUCCGAACACAUUAUCAAAAGACUGUAGUAACGGAAGGAAUACCGAAUGAGUCAUCUGCCAAUUACAUUACGCAAUCUGGCGAACACUACGAAGAGAUUAAUUUGAGCCAGGAAAUAGAAACUCCGCUUGAAAAAGACAAUCAAAUAAAUUUCAGUUGUAUAGCUGAAUUAACUGCACCGGUAAAUGAUGAUACAACAGUAGAAAUUUGCAGUGAAGACUUUCAGUGCCAACAAUUUGACACUGUUGUAUCUAGAAAUCAAUAUGAAAAACUGAAUGAGGUACAAAAAGAAAACCCUGAGCAUGCCUAUCGCGGAACAAGAUCAAGUGAAACCUUUUUGAAAAUCUUUUGAAUCAAUUAACAUAACUUUCAUCACCAAUCAAAGCUUUAUAGUAACUUGAAACAACACAAUCUAGGGGUUGUGUAAAUCAGAUUUGCAUGAUUUGGUUACUAAAACAAGUCUUAAAAUCUCCCUAGUGUACAUAAAAUCAAAGUGUAUUUCCUCUUAUAAUGGUAUACAAACGUAUGACUUCUCUUCCCUUUACACAAGUAUGACAGUUCUAUACUUAAAGAAAAAUGGAAAGAAUUAGACCAAUUUUGUUCAAUAAAAAGAUGUGGUCAAUGUUAGGCUUAAUCGGCAAAAUUACAUAUCAGACUGGUGUAGAAAACGUAUUACAAACGGAAUAUGAUCCUUAUUGUUGUACAGUGAAUAAACUCAUCAUAGAUACCAGGAUUAAAAUUUUGUAUUUGCGCCAGACGCGCGUUUCGUCUACAAAAGACUCACCAGUGACGCUCGAAUCAAAAAAAGUUAAAAAGGCCUAAUACAGUUCGAAGUUGAAGAGCAUUGAGGACCCAAAAUCCCAAAAAGUUUGCCAAAUACAGCUAAGGUAAUCUAUUCCUGAGGUAGAAAACCCUUUGUAUUUGAUGUUGUUUACUGAUCGUUGAUUUAGAUACAACCCAUGAACACUUAUCAGUCCUUUGUAUACAUUUAUUGUCAAAGUUAAUCAACUUUAUAGUAUUAUAUAAGACGUGUAUAUGUGUCUCGGUAUUUGUUUAUCCAGCGUUCAUGUAUUUAGUUAGGAAGUUUUAUUUGUAAUUCUGAUCGGAUAUUGUUUUGUGUCUUAUCUUUUGUAGUAAUGAUUCUGUUUUUUCUUUUCUAUUCGUAUGUAAAAGUAAAGAUAAUUAAUGACUUAGUUCAUUUGUAUGAUUUUAGUUUAAAGUAACUAUGUACACAGGAUUAUUUGUUUUACACAGUUUGAUUUGGAAGAAAGGCCGACAUAGUUAGAUAGUGCAGUUAGUUGCACAGUUCUAUAUUAACAUUCUUGUAAUUGUUAUAAAAUACAUCAAAUAACAUAAUUAGAAACCUAA